CCUGCAACUCAGCCCUCCAAAAGUCAGCUCCCGGGCGGCGGCGGCGCCUGCGUGCAGAGGCGCACUCGUGACCCAACAACAAAACAGCGAUGCCAAGGCGCUAACGGCGCCCGGUGCGUCCCAGGCUCCCUUCUGGCCCUACACCUACUGCGGCUGCGGUCCCCGACACCCCCAGCCCGAGCCCCCCUUCUCCCCAACUAGUCCAGCCGCGAGCUCCGAGCGCGAUCGGCAACAAUGUUUACGUUCCGGGGAUUAUGACGUCGACGCCUCCCCCCCCCCCCACAACUGCUGAAAAUGGUUUCCUAGGACUUUGCAAACGGAUCUGCUUAAGUGUUGGUGCAAAACUUUCUAGAUAUCGGCUCUGGCUUGCUCUAUUUAUUUAUUUUUUUGGUUUCUUUUCUUUGGUCUUCCCUCCUUCCCCCCCUCCGCCAAAAUGCAGGGGGCAGGAGUGUUGACAAUUAAUUGGUGAACUCUCCUAAAAAAAUGGAGGCAGAGAAAGACUCUGGAAGAAGAUUGCGCGCGAUUGACCGCCAGAGAUACGACGAGAACGAGGACUUGUCGGACGUGGAGGAAAUUGUCAGCGUCCGCGGCUUCAGCCUGGAGGAGAAGCUGCGCAGCCAGCUGUACCAGGGCGACUUCGUGCAUGCCAUGGAGGGCAAAGAUUUUAACUAUGAGUACGUGCAGAGAGAAGCGCUCAGGGUUCCCCUGGUUUUUCGAGACAAGGAUGGACUAGGAAUCAAAAUGCCAGACCCCGAUUUCACAGUCCGAGAUGUCAAACUCCUGGUGGGGAGUCGCCGGCUGGUGGAUGUGAUGGACGUGAACACCCAGAAGGGUACCGAGAUGAGCAUGUCCCAGUUUGUGCGUUACUACGAGACACCAGAGGCACAGCGGGACAAGUUGUACAAUGUCAUCAGCCUCGAGUUCAGCCAUACGAAGCUGGAACAUCUGGUCAAGCGCCCCACUGUGGUGGACCUGGUGGACUGGGUGGACAACAUGUGGCCCCAGCACCUAAAGGAAAAGCAGACGGAAGCCACAAAUGCCCUUGCAGAGAUGAAGUACCCCAAAGUCAAGAAGUACUGUCUGAUGAGUGUGAAGGGUUGUUUCACUGACUUCCACAUCGACUUUGGCGGCACCUCCGUGUGGUACCAUGUUUUCCGUGGCGGGAAGAUCUUUUGGCUGAUACCUCCAACCCUGCACAACUUGGCACUGUAUGAGGAAUGGGUGCUGUCAGGCAAACAGAGUGACAUCUUUCUGGGAGACCGUGUGGAACGAUGCCAAAGGAUUGAGCUGAAGCAAGGCUACACAUUUUUCAUCCCUUCUGGUUGGAUCCACGCGGUGUACACCCCUGUCGACUCUCUGGUGUUCGGCGGGAACAUCCUGCACAGCUUCAACGUGCCCAUGCAGCUGCGGAUCUACGAGAUCGAGGACAGAACCCGGGUUCAGCCCAAGUUCCGCUACCCCUUCUACUAUGAGAUGUGCUGGUAUGUCUUGGAGAGAUACGUGUACUGUGUGACCCAGCGCUCCUACCUCACUCAGGAAUACCAGAGAGAAUUAAUGCUUAUUGAUGCCCCAAGAAAAACCAGUGUAGACGGCUUUUCAUCUGAUUCCUGGCUGGAGAUGGAGGAGGAGUCCUGUGAGCAGCAGCCACAGGAAGAGGAGAAGGAGGAGGAGGAGGAAGAGGAGGAAGAGGAUGGUGCAGAUAAAACACCCAAGCCACCCACCGAUGGCCCCACCUCACCCACCAGCACCCCCUCAGAGGAACAGGACAGCACAGGGAAGAAGCCCAGAGCCCCUGCCAUGCGAUUCCUCAAGAGGACUUUGUCCAAUGAGUCAGAGGAAAGUGUCAAGUCCACAACAAUGCCCAUAGAGUACCCCAAGACACCCACAGGCUCCCCUGCCACUGAGGUCUCUACCAAGUGGACUCACCUUACCGAAUUUGAACUGAAGGGCCUGAAAGCCCUGGUUGAAAAACUAGAGUCUCUUCCGGAGAAUAAGAAGUGUGUCCCUGAGGGCAUCGAGGACCCCCAGGCCCUCCUUGAAGGUGUAAAGAAUGUACUGAAGGAACACGUGGACGACGACCCCAGCCUGGCCAUCACUGGGGUCCCCGUGGUCAGUUGGCCAAAGAAGACUCCAAAGAACCGGGUGGUGGGUCGGCCUAAGGGCAAGUUGGGCCCGACCUCAGCGGUGAAGUUGGCUGCCAACCGAACAACAGCAGGAGCUCGCAGGCGCCGGACGCGAUGCCGCAAGUGCGAGGCCUGCCUGCGGACGGAGUGUGGAGAGUGCCACUUUUGCAAGGACAUGAAAAAGUUUGGAGGCCCCGGGCGCAUGAAGCAGAGCUGCAUCAUGCGGCAGUGUAUCGCGCCAGUGCUGCCCCACACCGCUGUGUGCCUUGUGUGUGGCGAGGCAGGGAAGGAGGACACGGUGGAAGAGGAAGAAGGCAAGUUUAACCUCAUGCUCAUGGAGUGCUCCAUCUGCAACGAGAUCAUCCACCCUGGAUGCCUUAAGAUUAAGGAAUCAGAGGGUGUGGUCAAUGAUGAGCUUCCCAACUGCUGGGAGUGUCCGAAGUGUAACCAUGCCGGCAAGACCGGGAAACAAAAGCGUGGCCCUGGCUUUAAGUAUGCCUCCAACCUGCCCGGCUCCUUGCUCAAGGAGCAGAAGAUGAACCGGGACAACAAGGAAGGGCAGGAGCCUGCCAAGCGGAGGAGUGAGUGUGAAGAGGCUCCCCGACGCAGGUCAGAUGAGCACCCCAAGAAGGUGCCCUCAGAUAGCAUCCUACGCCGAAAGUCUGAUGAUGUGCACCUGAGAAGGAAGCGGAAAUAUGAGAAGCCCCAAGAGCUGAGUGGACGCAAGCGGGCCUCGACGCUUCAAACGUCCCCCGGUUCCUCCUCUCACCUCUCGCCGAGGCCCCCUCUAGGCAGCAGUCUCAGCCCUUGGUGGAGAUCCAGUCUCACUUACUUCCAGCAGCAGCUAAAACCUGGCAAAGAAGAUAAGCUUUUCAGGAAAAAGCGGCGUUCCUGGAAGAACGCUGAGGAUCGGCUGGCACUGGCCAACAAGCCCCUUCGGCGCUUCAAGCAGGAACCAGAGGACGAUCUGCCUGAGGCACCUCCUAAGACCAGGGAGAGUGACCAGUCACGUUCCAGCUCACCCACUGCUGGGCCUAGCACUGAGGGGGCUGAAGGCCCAGAAGAAAAGAAAAAGGUGAAGAUGCGCCGGAAACGGCGCCUUCCCAACAAAGAGUUGAGCAAAGAGCUAAGCAAGGAGCUCAACCAUGAGAUCCAGAAAACAGAGAGUACCUUGGCCCAUGAGAACCAUCAGCCCAUCAAGUCAGAGCCAGAGAGUGAGAAUGAGGAGCCAAAGAGGCCCCUAAGCCACUGCGAACGCCCCCACCGCUUCAGCAAAGGGCUCAAUGGCACUCCUCGGGAGCUUCGGCACCCACUGGGACCUGGCCUGCGCAGCCCACCUCGUGUUAUUUCCCGACCCCCACCCUCUGCAUCCCCACCCAAGUGCAUCCAGAUGGAGCGUCAUGUGAUCCGGCCGCCACCCAUCAGCCCCCCACCUGACUCGCUGCCCCUGGAUGAUGGAGCAGCUCAUGUCAUGCAUAGGGAGGUGUGGAUGGCAGUCUUCAGCUACCUCAGCCACCAUGACCUGUGUGUCUGCAUGCGGGUCUGCAGGACCUGGAACCGCUGGUGCUGCGAUAAGCGGUUGUGGACCCGCAUUGACCUGAACCACUGCAAGUCUAUUACACCCCUGAUGCUAAGUGGCAUCAUCCGGCGACAGCCUGUCUCCCUUGACCUCAGCUGGACCAAUAUCUCCAAGAAGCAGCUGAGUUGGCUCAUCAACCGGUUGCCUGGGCUCCGAGACUUGGUGCUGUCAGGCUGCUCAUGGAUUGCUGUCUCAGCCCUCUGUAGCUCCAGUUGUCCAUUGCUCCGGACCCUGGAUGUCCAGUGGGUAGAAGGACUAAAAGAUGCCCAGAUGCGGGAUCUCCUGUCCCCACCCACAGACAAUAGGCCAGGUCAGAUGGACAAUCGGAGCAAACUCCGGAACAUUGUAGAACUGCGCCUAGCUGGCCUGGACAUCACAGAUGCCUCCCUGCGGCUCAUUAUCCGCCAUAUGCCCCUGCUCUCCAAGCUCCACCUCAGUUACUGUAACCACGUCACUGAUCAGUCCAUCAACCUGCUCACUGCAGUCGGCACCACCACCAGAGACUCUCUGACAGAGAUCAUCCUCUCAGACUGCAAUAAGGUCACUGACCAGUGCCUAUCCUUCUUUAAACGCUGUGGAAAUAUCUGUCAUAUUGACCUGAGGUACUGCAAGCAAGUCACCAAGGAAGGCUGUGAGCAAUUCAUAGCAGAAAUGUCUGUGAGUGUCCAAUUUGGGCAAGUGGAAGAAAAACUUCUACAAAAACUAAGCUAGUUCCAGGACAAGUGUGUAAAUAUGAAGGGUUGGAGGAACACAGCCGGGGAGGGGGAAAGACUGCAAAAACAAGUGGGCUUAUAUUUCCCUUUGGAAUCUGGAACAAGAGAAUACAAGACACAGUUCUGUUUUCCAAGUCUUGCCAAGGGAGAAGCCGUUCAACCACCCAUUUGGGUUUGAGUGAGCCAGAUGUUUUCUCUGCUCUUUCUGCAUCAGAACUGCACUGCUUUCUGGACCAUUUCUAAGGUGGCCUUUAGAAGACAUUCCAGUUGGAAAGGAAGAUGAGCUUUGGAGAAAUCCUCUUAGAAGCCUGAGCUAGUGUUUUUGUGUUGGUAGUUUUUGUUUGGGGCAGCUUGUUCCUUGCAAUGCUGAGGCUUCUGGUGUCAACUUAGAGUGGACCACACACACCAUCUGCAGCCGUCUUGACACAUUUUGUUUAGUUGGUUUUGUUACAUCUUACAUUAUGCAGAACUAUUUUUGUAUAAAUUGUUUAAAAUUAUUUAUGCAAGAUUUGAAUGCAUACCAGUGUUUUUAUUAUUUAGACUGCCAACUUUUCCUUCAGGUAGGAGAAAACUUAACCUGUACUUCAUCAACAUAAAACCCCAAUCUACAGAUGUGCCCAGGUGUGACAGGGGGCUAUGACCUUCCACUUAAAAGCAUGUUUAACUGGAUGCUGAGAGCCCACUUUGUAUGUCAAGAAGUUACACAAGCAUGUUGUGGAAUAAGCGUAAAGUACAGUCCAGGUAAAACACCUUGCCAAUAGAGAGUUCACUUUUUCCUCAAGAUUUUACAAUGCAGAUUUCAGCCUUUACACUCAAGAGGGUAUUGCUCCAAGCAUGAGCUCUUGUAUUCUACCUAUAUAGAUCUAAUUUAUACCAUGAAUCAAGUAAAAUAAAUGUGCCCACAGCCUUCCUUUCCUUUUUCCCCUCCUUUGAAGUGUUCAGUUAAGUUGGUAACCUUGCUAUUUUCUAGUUGUCAAGUUCUGCAUCCAUAAGUGCCAUUGAUGUACGGUGGUGUUUCUUAGCCUUUCCCUUAUGCAGUUUUACCUUUGUUGGAUUUGUAUAAACAGUUGUACAAAAAAAAUCCACGCUUGGUGUUUGAGGGUUUCUGUUUUAUGAGAGGGUCGAAAAUUUAAUUGGAACGCCCAGGGUAAACGGACUCUUAACAAAAUGGACCCCAAACUAUGUCAUCUUAGAAAUGCAGCAGCCCUGAUAUACAAAUUUUUUUUCUCCUAUUGAAAGAUCUGUUUCUAACUAAUAAAGGUAUUGGGGAAAAAACUAUGUUACAGUGAUGGCCACCUGUGGGUAUUAGGAGCAAUGGCUCACCUGUUUGAAUGAGAUGUCUCCUACUGCACCUGUACAAAAGUAAUCUUCUUGCAUGGCCACUGUCUAUCUUAUUCUUCUACUGCAGUGAUAAACUGCUGUGACCAAAGCAAUUUA